GAGUGGGGUCUAUGUCGGCAGCGUGGGCGUGGCUCGCUGUGUUGUAGGAACAGAGGCGGAUGACGGCGACACAGUCUGGUGCGAUGAGGUAUCCGUUCCCCACAGCGCCCGCAACACUGCGGAGCUGGCUCGUCUGAAGGACACAGGUGUUGGGCCCCUUCCGCCAGUUCUUCGAUUCCUAGGUGGCCAGACGCAGAAGGCUUCGCAGCCAGGCCUCAUCGCCAUUCCCGACGUGGUCCGGGCACCGCAUCCAGCUGAAGGUCGCGGCUUCGUGCUGCUGGGGACCUCCAACCUCUGGUCCCAGGGCCCCCGGCUGCCGGUGCAGUGGGCAGUACAAGCCUUCCGAGAAGGCCGAUGCCCCGCUUCGGCGUGGAUCCGUGGAUGCGGCAUUGGAGAUGACGUGGAUGCAGCUGCCAUGGUGCUGGUACUCCCGCCUGGCUUGUCCGAAGAGGACAGCCCAUUGCCAAAGCACGGAGAUGUCAAAUGA